AUGCUGCAAGUUGUUAAACGAAAAAAAGUUGUUAAAUAUCAAAUUACUACUAAUAUUGAUGAUUAUAUUAGUGAUAGUAAUGAUAUUGGGAUGCUUAUUUUCGGAUAUAAUACAAAUCAAGAGGGUGCUUAUUUUUGGUAA